UUUCGCAGUGUGUUCAUAACCGUGCAAUUUAAUGUUGGAACCAGCGCCCAUAGAGAUUUGUACAUCGACUUUUACUCUAAUUGAAGGUGCGGUGAGGAGCGUGCGGUGAGGCGGGCCGAAGGGACGCAGAGUUCUUUAUGGCUGAUCACCAUGAAGGUGGACGCCGAUGCCAGGGACAUGCCCAUCGCGCCGCCACCGGUUGCACUACCUGGAACCCCGAUCGCUAGUAAUACAGAUUCGCCUGUGUCAUCUUUAGAUGAUUGCCAGCCUCUACCGAGUACAGACUGUGAGGCUAUUCCGUGCCCGGAGCGGGCGCUGCUAGCCAAGCUGGAAGAAGAAAACCGGCGUAUGGAGGCGGACGCCAAAUGCCCCUCCCUCACCACAGUGCACAGCCGCAAGAGCUCUGACACCUCCCAAAUAUCACUGGCAUCAGCGACCAGUUCCAGUCAUGAGGAAGCUAAGGUGGGCAGCAACGGGGAGGAAGACCUUUGGGGUCUUUGGGGCCGCAUCGUCAGCAACUGGGAAACUGAGUGGAAGAGGCGCAAUCAAUUUGUCCGCGACUUGGUGCGUCAGGGUGUGCCUCACCACUUCAGAGGAAUCGUGUGGCAACUCUUGGCCGGUGUUGAUCAGUCGCCCGAAAAGAAACUCUACGCCUCUUACAUUAAGGCGAAAUCAGCAUGCGAGAAGGUGAUUCGUCGGGACAUAGCGCGUACCUACCCCGAACACGAUUUCUUCAAGGAAAAAGACGGCCUAGGACAAGAGUCAUUGUUUAACGUGAUGAAAGCAUACUCGUUACACGACCGAGAGGUUGGCUAUUGCCAGGGCUCGGGAUUCAUCGUGGGAUUGCUCCUUAUGCAGAUGCCUGAAGAAGAGGCGUUUGCUGUACUGGUGAAGAUAAUGCAGCAGCAUCGUAUGCGCGACAUGUUCAAGCCUAGCAUGGCCGAGCUAGGGCUAUGUAUGUUCCAGUUAGAAAACCUCGUGCAAGAACUGCUACCCGACUUACACGUCCACUUCCAAUCACAGAGCUUCAGCACUUCAAUAUACGCUAGCAGCUGGUUUCUGACUCUGUUCACGACGACAUUGUCUCUGCCGUUGGCUUGCCGCAUUAUGGACGUCUUUCUAUCGGAAGGAAUCGAGAUUGUGUUCAAAGUUGCCCUAGCCAUGCUUACUUUGGGCAAAAAUGAUUUAUUGUCGCUUGAUAUGGAAAGUAUUCUCAAGUACAUACAGAAAGAGCUACCAGCAAAGACUGAAGCCGACCAAGACGCUUUCAUGAAUCUAGCAUACUCGAUCAAAGUAAAUCCUAAGAAAAUGAAGAAACUCGAAAAAGAGUACACGGUCAUAAAAACCAAAGAGCAGGGUGACAUUGCUGUACUUAGGUGUCUUCGCCAAGAGAAUCGCCUGUUGAAACAGCGCGUGGAACUAUUGGAGAAGGAAAGUUCAGCAUUAGCGGAGAGACUGGUGCGGGGGCAGGUGGAUCGCGCUGAGGGGGAGGAGGAAACAUUUGCGUUAGCGCGGGAGGUGCAGGCCCUGCGGAGGGCCAACGUGGAUGCGCAACAGCGCCUCGCCGUCGCGCAGGACGAGAUACGAUCUCUCGAAAUGACUAUUGCCGAGAAUAACUCGCGUCAAUCAUCGUUGGAGGAUCACCAUACGGAGAGUGGUAGUGCUAAAGGCGAAGAAUUGGCGCGAUGUCUGCAACGCGAGCUGGUACGCGCAAGACUCCACGCCGCCGAACGGGAGGCUGCUGAAAGAGAGCUCACGGCCAGGAUCACUGAACUUGAGAACGAGAACAAGAGCUUGAGGAGACAACGGGUGGAUAACAACGUCGCUCACUUGCAGGAUGAGCUAAUCGCAGUGAAACUACGUGAGGCUGAAGCCAAUUUAUCAUUGAAAGAUCUUCGUCAACGGGUCUCUGAACUAUCCGAAUCGUGGCAGAGACACCUCCAGGAGCAUAGACAAGAAGCGGCGCCUCCGCCGGUGCAAUCCAACGUGGUGUCGGACAUAAUGGCCACUCCGAAAAAACUGCUCCGAGCAUGGGAGGGACGUUCUACUGACGUGCAAAAGCUUGAAGAAGAGCUCAUGUCCACUAGGAUUCGGGAGGUGGAGACGCUCACAGAGUUAAAAGAACUAAGGCUCAAAGUGAUGGAGCUGGAGACGCAAGUACAGGUGUCGACGAACCAGCUGCGGCGGCAGGACGAGGAGUCACGCCAGCUAAGAGAGACCCUCGAUGCGGCUCUGCAGCGCGAACGCGCCUUGCAAACACGUCAAAGAGAAUUACAACAUAAGUGCUCCGACCUUGAAAGCAAGGCUAAGUACGAUUCAAUGCAAGCCAACAUUAAGAAUAUGGAAGACGCACAAAGAAUAGCUGAGCUUGAAAGUGAAGUCUCCGAAUAUAAACUAAAGAAUGAAGUGAACGCAACGGAAAGCGAGCUUCUUCAGUACCACGUAGAAGAGUCUGAAAGAGUUCAAAAGAUGUCCGAGUACAUUGCAGAACUACAAUCUGAGGUCAAAAGGCUAGAAUCGUGGAGAGCUCGUGCUCUCGGCCACACCGAGCUGAGUCGCGCCAUUUCAGUCGAAGAGGACUUAGAAGAAGACGAGAAACUGAAGUUGAUCCUACGCCGUGAGUCUUCUACGUCUCUGGAUCUCCCCACGGCACCCCGCAAACCCUCGUAGCGAACACCACCGUUAUCACCCAUCUGAUCAAAUUUGACCUCUCUCUCUCGCUAACACUCAUGACAAAUUCUAACCCUUUUUGUUUCGAUUCACAAGUACAUAACUUAAAUUUUGUUAUCGUUGAAACGUUGACCACUUUACAAUCGUGAUUUGCGUUAGUUGGAUUUUGAAGAUUUUAUAAGAAAGUUUUUAUCGAUGAUGAUGACGACGUUGAAUGAUUUUAUUGAAACACUUUUUCGUAUUCUGCUCUUGAUGCGGGGUUCUGCACUUGUUAAAAUUCGCCUCGAGUUCUGACUCAAAUUACAUAAUAAGAAUUUCAAAUGUGGCAAUUUGAAUAAUCACCACACUCGACGAGUUUCUCGUUGUUUCAUAAUAUUCCCAAGAAAAAAUUCGCGGAGUAGCGUUCUCAAUAAGCAUUUUACUGUAACUAAGCUAGAAUACUAAAAAAGCAAUAGAUUUCAGUAAUUCAAUUAGUUCACUUUAGUAUUACUCCAUAGAACUCAUGAUGCCAACCAUACCAACGCAUUGUGGUAGUAAUCUUUUAUAAAAUUUUAGUAAAAUGACGUAGAUAUGUGUAGCUUUAUUACUUUUUAGAUUGUAACAAAAGUCGUAUAAGAAUUGGUAGCGGUAUUACUUAAAUAUCACAAUAAAUGGUAAUGAACACCUGUGAAUAAAUAACAUUCUACAAAAAAAAUUACAACCAAUAAGUAAGUACAUUUUGUCUGCCAUGAACUGAAAAGACAAAGGAAAUCUUGGAAUAUCGUAGCCUUAGCGUAGUAUUAAAUUUAAUCACAUCGUAAUUUUUUCAUAUGUAGUCGACAUUUAACCAGAUUUAAUUUUAAAAAUUCUUAGCCAACUUCUAUAUUAUAUGACGUGACACUUAAUAUGGUGUCAAAUUUUUAGUAGACUGAUAACAAGAACCAUACGAGUAAUAAUACGAAAUAAAACUCCGUUCUCAACGUGAAGGUUAAUCACAAAAACAGGACGUUGCCUACAAGAACUACUCGUACAAUUUACAUGACAUAACAGAUAAAGCAAGUAAGUUUGUGAAAAGGGCUUUCCACAGAUUAUCAACGUAUAAAAAUUUAUGAGUAAAUAAAUAUUCCAUUUGUUACUACUUAAAAAUAUAUUUUAUUAAUUAUUUCGCUAUGAAAAGUAAAAAUCACUUGACCACAACCUCACUUAAGCUGAUGUUAUCGGAAAACAAAUGCCUAUAGUGUACCCCCAUUUCUUUGUCGUGCGUAUAAAGAACCUACCCAAAACAAAGCGCUUAAUGCGAGUGGGUUGUAGUACGUCAGUAACAUAAUGAUGAAGUGUUCCGGACUUUCCGAUCGACCUGAAGAGGAACGGUGAGCGUGAAAGUAAAUAGUCGG